AUGUUGUUGCGUCGGCUUCUUCGUCUGGCACCUGCCUUCCUCCCCCCAAAGCCGGUCACGGCAUCGAGCUCAACCUCGCUGCCGGGGACACGCCCUUGUGAUGCCCUCGCCGCAGCCGGGCUUGGCGGCAUUCUUCUGACGCCCGCUGACAGCGGGUACGAACCCCAGAUGGCGACGUGGUGGUCGCUCAACGCCCAGCUACGGCCGUGGUGCCUGGUACUGCCGCGGAGCACGGCCGAGGUGUCGUUGGCUCUCACAACGCUCGUGGCAGCAGGCCACGGCGCGGGCUCGUGGCACAUCGCCGUGCGCAGUGGCGGGCACGGCUGGCCCGGCAGCAACAGCGUCGCCAACGGUGUGACCAUCGACCUCAGCCACCUCAACGCGACGCGCUACGACGCCGCCACCAACAGGGCGCGCCUGCAGCCCGGCGCGCGCUGGGAGCACGCGUACGCGGCGCUGCAGGCGCAGGGCAACGUGAUGGUGGCCGGCGGGCGUGACGGCGGCGUCGGCGUCGGCGGGUUUCUGCUCGGUGGCGGCAUCUCCUACUUUUCGGGGCGGCACGGCUUCGGUUGCGACUCGGUUGUUAAUUACGAGGUGGUGCUGGCCGACGGGAGCGUGGUCCAUGCCAACGCGACGGCGCACGCGGACCUGUGGCGCGCGCUCAAGGGCGGCGCCGGCAAUUUCGGCAUCGUCACGCGCUACGACCUGCAGGCCAUCCCGUCGACGCCGCUGCUGUACGAGCUGCGCUACCUGGCGGCCAACUACUCGAGCGCUGUGGUCGAUGCCGUGGUCGACUACGCCGGCCGCAAUGCCUCGUAUGGCGACGACGCGCUCGUGACGUUCUACUCGCAUGAUGUGAGCAUCAGCCCGGCUGGCGACACCGUUAUUGGUGUUAUCCAUGUCAAUACUCUAGGCAACGCGGACAGUGGGGACGCCUCUGAUGGGCUCGAGGGGCUCCCGGCGCUCGUGAACGUCACGGCCCGGGAGACGAUGGCUGAUGCCGCGGCAGGCUCGAAGUUGCCCGGUGGGACCUUAAACGCGGGCUCGACGCGCACCUUCAAAAACGACCCCGCUAUCCUCCGCUACUGCGUCCAGCUGCACGAGCAGCUCGUCGCGUCCCUCACACGGUCCAUCGGUGCCGACAGCUUCACGACCCUCAUGUUCCUACAGCCAAUACCAGCAUACUGGGGCCGGCUUGGGCCGCAGCAGCUGAACGGUGGCGGCGUCGCCAACAUGCUAGGGCUCGAGAACAUGACGGACGGUGCCGUCAUGUGGACAGGCGGCGUAGGCGUGUUGACCGGCGGCGAGGCCGCGCUGGCUGUCGCGCAGGCCGCGCUCAACGCCAUGUCGGCCCAGGUCGCCAGCUUCGCCCAGUCCGUCGGCGGGCUAGUCGACCUCGUCUACCUCAACUACGCCGACCCGAGCCAGGACCCGCUCGGCAGCUACGGCGCAGACAAUGUGGCCUUUUUGCGCCGCGUUGCCGCAGAGUACGACCCCAACGGGGUGUUUCAGACCCGCGUCCCGGGCGGGUUCAAGAUUUCACGUGUGGGCUGA